UUGAGUUCCAAAUGUCUCUAUGUUGACAUGACAGUGAAUGAAAAUGAAGGAUACAGCAUGAGAGAAAAAGAUCUGAAGAAUGAAUAUGAAAGCAUCAGCUCUCAGGUGAAUGACCUUCAAAGAAGGAACAUAGAAUCAGAGUUGUCUAUUGCUGCUUUAAAGGCAAAGCUGGCCUACAUGGUUCAGAAGUGCCAAGACCGGAAUAGUCUUAUCCUUAGGCUGGUGAGGCUACUGUGCAAGUGUGGCUACAUCAAUGCUGAUCUUGUUCAGGAGGCAGAAGAUCUUUUAAAUGAUACCGCACUGCUAGAUUACUCUAGAGAUUUUAUUCCUGCUCCUUGCAAUCAGAACAAUUUUAAGGACUUGCAGGAGAAUGAUACUGAAAAAGGCUUUCUACAGAGGUCCCUCAUAAGUUACAAACGAAGCUUUCCUCAUACUGAUCGGUCCCCUAAUAGCAGAACUUUAAUCGCAAAAUCCAAUUUCACCCCUACUCCAAGCAUGCCCAAGACAGUCCUGCCAGAACUUCCUUUGUCUGCUGGUGAGACUGUCAAUGUUACCGGCACUCCAGACAACCACGGGCUAUUUCAUGCUGAAGUGCAGGGGCAGCUGGGGCUCGUUCCAGAGAGCUUCCUAGUGGAACAGAGAGAGUUAGAGUUUCUUCAGAGCAAGUGUCCAAGCCCUCGAAUGUCAAGCCCUGAGAAAAUUAUAAACCUGCAUCAGCAGCUUCUGCAUGCACACCACAGUAAUUACCAGAUUGAGACCUCUGAAUCCACUUCUCAGAUAAACAACAGUAAUUUUCUCCAACCUGAUUCUGAGACUGAAGAUUAUUCCCAACUUAGAAGACCAAAGAAGCAACAAGAACUCACAUCAUCAUCCAUGGCAAGCAUGAAGAAGCAAAAUUUAGACAGAAACAUCCAGAUCAGCAGCUGUGAGGAAAUGGAAAGCUGGGUCAGUCAGGCCAAAAAUGCUGGAGUCAACCUGGAUACAACAGUGUUCUUAGAGAAUAAUGAAAGUUGUGCAGGCUCAGUGAAUGCUGCAGGAAGCAUUUUGUCAGAGAUGUCAGUGCUAAAGUGCCAGGACCACAAAGCACAAGACAAAGUAAACAGUGCAGCAUUUCAGAUGGGAACAACACUUCGAAUAAAGCAAGAGCCCCCUGCUCCAGUCUCAUCUGUUCAUGUUAUCAGAAGUAUCGGAAAAGACAGCAUGCUUAUUGGCUGGGAGGCACCAACUUUGGAUGUUCUUGGCUGUAGUAAUGGCACCUUUGUUUAUGGCUACAGGAUAUAUGUCAAUGGAGAAUUCUACAAAUCAGUAAUGAGCUCAGCAUGUAACAAGGUAGUGUUGGAAAAUCUAGACCUGUCACAGCCAUGUGACAUAAGCAUUCAGACAGUUGGUGCCAAUGGCCUGGUGGCUCAGAAAGUUCAUGGUCACUUUGACAGCAUCAGCCAGUUAACAAAAUGGAACUCAUCACAAACAAUCACCCAAACAGCUAGACAUCAGAAGCAUGGCAGGUGCCAGCAGUUUGUUGCCAUUUAUAAGUAUAGUCCGCUACAGGACAGUCCUAAUAUUCACCCUAGUCGGGAGUUGGCCUUUAAUGAAGGGGACAUUGUCUGGGUAUUUGGACAGCCCAGAAAAGAUGGCUUCUGUGAAGCAGAGGUUAAUGGAAGGCGAGGUUUAGCACCUAUAGCAUUUCUUGAAGAAGUAUAGUUUGGCCUGCUAUGAAGAUAAAACAAAACAAGCUCUGACGCCAAUGUUGUGAAAUACAGUCGUCUGACUACAAGAUUCCUUAUUUCAUUAUGUGAAGCUUCAUUUGCCAAGUUUAUCUCCCUUCUUGUUUAUGCUGAGGUUCUAAUGUAUAGGAUCUAUAUUUCUAAAGCAAAGUCCAAGGAGUUAUUUUAUUCCAUACAGUAUACUGUAUAUGUAAUCUUAAUGUAAUGUUUGACAAGAAACAACCAACUCAAGCCGGAAAUGAAGUUGUACUCUACUCUAUAUACUGUAUAUAGGAUGGCAGUUUUUAAAAACAUGAAAAAUAUUUGACCUAAAGACUGCUAAAUGAAUUGGUCUGCAUCUGUUUAUAUAUAAAUUGCUAUAGUUCUCUCUAGAGAAAAGACAAGCAAAAUGACACCUUUUAUUGGCCAACUAAAAAGAUUACAAUAUGCAAGCUUUCGAGGCAACUCA